GUUGUGACCCCCGUUGCAUAGCAACACAAAUAGAUCGCCGCGGAGGGAGUGACUGAACGGUUGUGCGUGUUUUCUCCCAAUUUUCGCGGCAUUUAAAGGUUCAAAAUGAGCACAAAUGGAGACGAGGAGGAAACGGGGCCUUCCACGGACUCCGCAGAUCCUCAGGAGCGUGUGGAAGCACGUCGGCUGCGGAUAGCGCGGCGGGUGGAGGCCAGGAAACGACAGGAAAUGGGAGUGGACCCCGACGCCAAGAAGGAUGUGAAGGAAGAGCUGAGUAAGAGCAGGAAACAGAUCGAGGAGAGCAGACAGAGGCUCACCAAGCUGAAGACCGACGGCACCGAGCUCGUCACAAACGUCGAGGUUGCCGGCGAUUCCCGCGAAUCCCAGCGGCGACUGGAGGAGGAGGAGUUACGGAGGCAGCGGACGGAGAGAUUGGAGGCGGAAGCGAAAGCCAGCGCCGAGAAAUUCGAGGACGUGACCAAAAAGUGGGACUCUGCAAGGCGCUACCAGAUCCCGCAGGACUUACAUGAACUGUUAAUGCAGCAGCGAGCCGCGUGCGAUCAGAUGAUUGACGAGAAAAACAAACUGGUGAACGACCUCCAGCAGGAGCUGAAGACGAAAGACGACCAGUACGUGAAGGAUCUGAAGAAGCAGGCAGAGGACGUGGAUCUCAUGAUAGAGAGAAUGGAAGAACAGAUCAAGAACCUAACCAAGUCUUACAGAGAGGAACUUACACAGAUUGAUAAGGCAUUUGAAGCGGAGCGGGGAGAACUCCUUGAAGGAAACCGUAAGAAGUGGAAUCAGACGAUGCAGACGCGGACAGAGAAGGAGGUGGAGUAUCUCAAGCUGAGGGAGAAGAGAGUUGAGGAGUAUGAACAACAGCUUCAACAUCUCAGGGUGCAGGAUGCAGAGGAAUACAACAUGGUGAAGAUCAAGCUGGAGACAGAUGUUCAGAUUCUUGAGCAGCAGCUGCAGCAGAUGCGUGCCACAUACCAGUUGAACCAGGAGAAACUGGAGUACAACUUCCAGGUUUUGAAGAAGCGAGAUGAAGAAAACACCAUCACCAAGUCUCAGCAGAAAAGGAAGAUCACACGUCUUCAAGACGUCUUGAACAACCUAAAGGUCAAACUAGCUAAACAGGAGAAGCAGUACAAAGAGGAAAAUCAGGGCCUAACAGAUGACUACAAGCGCAUCACCGAGCAGUAUCAGGAACUGCAGAAGAAAUUCAAACACUUUCAGAGCACGGAUUCACGCAAGUUCCGCGAGAUCUGGAUGAUGAAUGAGGCAGAGGCUAAGGACCUGGUACACAGGGUUCUGGAGGCUGACCGCAUCAUUCAUGAACAACAGCUGGGCCUACCCUUCUAUCAACCUGACCUUUGGUUCAUGGAGAAUGAAGGUCCCAUCGUACCCAGGCAAAUGCAGGGGGCCAAACUGUCUGCCAUGGAGGUCGUGCAGAAGGUCAUGUCCGACCAGGGGGUGGGGCCGGGCGGGGCAGUGAUUGACGAGGAGGAAGAAAUUCAGGAGGAGGGAGAAACCAUGUCGAUGGCGGGGAGUCAGGGGAGUCUGGCAUCAGACAAGGAGCAGGCUGAACCACAGGAGACCACCGUCAUGGCCAAACUCACGCCUGGAACCAUCAAACAGAUUCUGGAGCUUCUGUGUGACGAAUCGGGUUUCUUGGUGGAAUCCAAACUCAACAAGCUGCUGGCACCGUUGGAGAGGGAUGAGCGCUCACUCAUGAAACUGGACGCCAUCUUUGGGGCGCUGGCGAUCGAGACGGAAGACGAUGUCCACCUCCUGGCUCAGUACUUUGUCAAGCCUAAAGCAGCACCGGUACCCCAAGAUGCAGAGAGUGCUGGCCCCACCCCUGCUCCCACGGAACGUACGGACCAGCCCACUUCUGAGGCGGGGGAGGAAGGUGAGGAGGGAUCGUUUAUCGGCAGCGAGGAAGAAGAGCUUCAGUUUAUGAUGGAGGAGAAAGAAUCAGUGAAGACGACAAAGUCGGAGGUCCCAGAGUUGAUUCAUCCAAACGAUAUCUUCAAGGCGCUGAGAACAUUUGUCAAUGAACAUAGACAACAGCAGAAAAAGGAACGCCGUGCGAGCUCCAUGAAGUUUGUGCUCGGGGAGGAGCGUGACGACAGCCAGGACGAGGGUUACUGGAGGGCCAUGGGAGGGAUCAUCCCGGAGAAGAAAGAGCGCCUCUGGAGUGCUCUACUAGAAGGUUUUGAUAAAUACAGUCGCACUCUGGACGAGCGGGCCAAACUGAUCACAGACACAGAUGCGCUGAGGCAGCAGAACGCAGAGCUGAGGAUGCUGCUGCAUCAGUACGUCAACUCCAAGGUCAACGGAGAGCUGGAGAUCCCACCAACCAAGGUCUUACAGCUGGAGUUCAGCGAGAACCAGCAACAGACAGCUUAGACCACUAGUUUUAGGGGAAAGGAGUUUUAAAACCUGUCUGAUUUACGAGUAGAUAACAGGGUUAGCAUACUACAACCAAAAAAACAAGUCUGUCACUUUUCUCAGAUGGAGGAAGCAUCUUACAUGUAUGUUUCUGCAUCUCUCUGCAUCAACAGACAGAUCCCAUAGUCCUGCCAAUCUCAAAAUAAAACAAAAGAAUGCAAAAUACUUUAUGGACAUGCAGCCACUCUCUCAUUGGUCAAACUGGUAAUUGCUCUGCUAUCAUUGGUUGAACUGCUAAAUGUGAUGGAUAGUUGGGAUCGGCCCAUUGUAGAAUGAUGCAAGUUUCUGCAACAGCUAUUAGAAUCACACUUUAUGUUGGAUUUCAAAGGAAAAUAAAUAUUCACUUAAUUUUCGAUAUAUAUAUCACAAUAUAUGGUGCCACCAGAAAAGAAUUGUAAAGCUAAGUUUAAUCUGCAUAUUUUUUGUUGUGAAUUCAGCAUACAAGCUCUGCAAAGUUUAGAAGUGGUUCAGGUGUUGAUAGUUUGUUUAUCGUUGUUCUUCCACCUCAAGAUUUUUAUCACAUGUAUGUACAUUGUACUUCACCAGAACUGCAUUUUUAGCAGUUUGUGAUUGGUCUAUUUUUGUAGAUAUUGGGUGAUACAAACAAAGAUGUUUAUAACAAGAGUUUUAUAUUGUGAAUGAACUGUGCACUACUGUAUAUGCAUUUAUCACAUUGUAAAAAUAAAACUAUAUUGCAAAUUA